AUGCGCGUUGCAGACACUGUCUUUCACCGGAGCAAGGAGAUCAUGUGGCGAGAUGCCAAGACGCAGGAUCUGGCAAAUACCCUGUGGGCCUUGACACGUGUGGGUUGGUCGAUGCCAGAGGAUCUCAUUAAGGAACUUGAGUCGCGCCAUUUACCGACCAUUGAACUGGUUGCAUGUUUAUCUGCCUUGGCGGAAGCUCGAAACGUGUCCAGCAGCCUGUGGCAAAAAGCGGAUCCAAAGGCAGGCACUUGGUGUGGUCAUUCUCCAAGUGCGCGUGCCCUAGGCACCUUGCUUUGGGCUCAUGCCACAGCGCAGGUUGACCCAUCCCCCAAUCUCUUGAAGGAGUUGAGGAUUUCAGUGAUGUCUCCGCAGUCGUUGGCCAAUUCCCUUUGGUCGCUGGCCAAGCUCCAAGUCGAUAUCCCCGCAAACGCCAUCGACGAAUGUCGGAAGAUCCUGCAAAAAGACCUUGCAAGAUUCAAGCCCCAAGAGUUUGCAAGCUGUGUGUGGGCGAUUGGCUCGAUGGAGAAGCCUGCUGUUGAGUUUUUUGAAUCACUGCAGCUACCCGACCUGCGCCCAUUUGAGGAUCAUCAUUUAUCUCAGGUGGCCUGGGCCUUUUCCUCUGCUGGAGUAAGGCGUUUGGAAGUCUUGGAGUUGCUGGCUUCUGAGAUGCUCUGCCGCAAUGGCUUUAGCUUGCAGGCCAUUGCAAACAUCACAUGGGCUUUGAAGAAUCUGGAGUUUGCUCAGUUUGCUCCCCACGCUGCGGCCCUCCAUGCGCACCUGCAGGGUCUAGUGGCUCGGAGACUCAUUUUGUCUCAUGGCCUGCCGGCGAAUGAAGAUGUGGACUCUUUGCUUGGGAUCCUUUGGGCCAAUCGGGAGAAUGAUGUGUUGACAGGUGCUAUCACAAGCUCUUUGCAACGUCUUGGCCGGAAAAUGGAUCUUGCCCGUCAGUCAAACCCACAAUCUGGGAUUCUAACACAAGCUUGCGAUGAGCAUGCAGACACUGAUCAACCUCGAUUGCAAUUGGAGGUACCAGGCGUUGUAGUGAUAUACAAACCUCACGGCUGGGAGGUAGACACUGUCAGCACAGAACAGUCAGGACGGAAGCUCUCGACAUUCAUUCGUUCACGCUUUGAUCUUGAAGGCUUCGUCAGCCGCCUGGAUACGCCUUCAAGUGGCCUGUUGCUGUCUGCCACCUGUUAUGAGGGGCUCCUUCUACUACAAGCGCAGCGUGAACUUGGCCGCUUGGAACGAGACUAUUUGGUGCUCUGCCGAGGGUGGGUCCAUGGUGAUGGAGAGAUCACCUGGAAGCUACGGCGCAUUGGGCGUAAAACAGAGGUCUCUGUGUAUGGCCGACCAGCAUGCACCAAGGUGAAGCUUUUGGCCCAGCUCUCGGCUGAUGGUCAGACAUCGCAGAACAAGGUUUCUUUGCUUUGCUUGAGGAUCGAAUCAGGGCGCAUGCAUCAGAUCCGCUCACAUUUGGCUCACAUGGGGCAUCCUGUCGUGGGGGACCAGCGCUACUCGGAGGCAGUGCACUUCGAAAAGGGCUUUGCUGCUCGGCACUCGAGGCAAACACCUUUGGCGGUUCGUCAAAAGACCGUAACUCAGACGAUUGAAUCAGAACCUCCCCUGGCUGCCGAGGCACCUCAUUUUUUGCAUCGCUACCGGUUGUCCUUCUAUGACCUGUAUGACAAAAGGCAUGAAGCCUUUUGCCCUUUACCACAGCAUCUCACAGAGUAUUUGGGGAAGUGCAGCCCACAUCAGGGCUCGGAGAACUUGCAGCCAUGGCUAGAAGGCUACCUUCAGAGCUGGAUCCUGCGAAGAGACUUGGAGGUGGACCCUCUGACGGUGAGGAGGCAGUAUGGGCUGGGCCCAGCGGAGUUGCAUUUGCAAGUUUGCUACCACGGAGCCAAUCCCUUUGCCCUGAAUGAGCUGAAUGUCAUUCCACCAUUCAAGCCCAACGUCUCAGAGGAGGGUGAUGUGAAGUACUUCGACAAGGAGUUCGUUGACUUGCCAGUGUGGCGCUGUGAAGGAAGACUCGUGUUUGGUUGCACCUUGUGGCAUGCGGCAGUCGUAAACUCUGAAGUGGCGGAUGGAGCGCACCUUCGGGAUGUGAACCACUUUGAGGGCUUCACCUACCAAGCCUCGGAUUUGGACGAGCGUGCCAGACCCUGA